AUGUUUCCGGAAAUAUCUCCUCCGGUUCAACCUCAAGCUAGCCUACUUCCCAAACUUCCUCCUCGAACUCCACUUCCAUUGGUUCAACCUCUUUCUCAACCUUCCACUUUUCCGAUCAAGAUAACGGAACCGUCGAAGAUGAUUCAACCGACUUCUGUGCCGCAACUUCGUGUUCCUCUCGAUACAGUACUGGAUAUCCCUCUACUACGCAGAGUCCCUCCUAAACCUCAGACGGGCUCGAUUGAUACGGCUAGAGGUCCCAGUGGAACAUCCGUCGCAUUUACGACGAAUACUCUUGGACUUCCUCGUACAAGCUCAAGAACGCGGACUCGAGCUAGAAUGAGAGAAGUCGAACCUGUUGUAACACUCCCUGCCAUUUUAACAGGGACUACUGGGACUACUACUACUACUACAACUAGGAGGAGGACACGGAAGACGGUUCCAGAGCCAACACGGCUGAAGAAGUUGGGGACGUCAAUAAACAGGGCUCAGUCUAGGACUAACAGUUUAGAACUUGGCCCUACUACCCUGCCACCUACGCCACGGAGAAGUCUGAGCAGGAGGAAGCGGGGUAUAACUACGUCGACUCUUUAG